CUCAGCGCUCCCGCGACCCGACGCGCCCCGACGACCCGGCCGGCUCAGCCCGACCACCCGGCGGGCCCCAGCGGCGGCAGCGGGGUGAUCGGCUCCGGGUCCGAGCCUCGGACAUCUCCCACGGACGGGGCGGGCGGCGCGGAUAGCAGCCCGGGGGGCCAUGGGGACCCAGGCCCGGCCAGCGGUCGUGGGCCAGCGGGAGCCCCGAGUCUGAGGAGCGGGCGCCGGGGGCGGCGGGGGCCAUGACCUCGGUGUGGAAGCGCCUGCAGCGCGUGGGCAAGCGGGCCGCCAAGUUCCAGUUUGUGGCCUGUUACCACGAGCUGGUGGUGGAGUGCACCAAGAAAUGGCAACCCGAUAAGCUGGUGGUGGUGUGGACCCGGCGGAACCGACGAGUCUGCUCCAAGGCCCACAGCUGGCAGCCAGGCAUCCAGAACCCGUACCGGGGCACUGUGGUGUGGAUGGUGCCGGAGAAUGUGGAUAUCUCUGUGACCCUGUACAGGGACCCUCACGUGGACCAGUACGAGGCCAAAGAGUGGACAUUCGUUAUUGAGAAUGAGUCUAAGGGGCAGCGGAAGGUGCUGGCCACGGCCGACGUGGACCUGGCCCACCACGCAGGGCCCGUGCCGGCCCCGGUCCCCCUGCGGCUGCGGCUAAAGCCCAAGUCGGUGAAGGUGGUACACGCCGAGCUGAGCCUCACCCUCUCCGGGGUUCUGCUGCGGGAGGGACGUGCCACGGAUGAUGACAUGCAGAGUCUUGCCAGCCUCAUGAGUGUGAAGCCAAGCGAUGUGGGCAACCUGGACGACUUUGCUGAGAGCGAUGAGGAGGAGGCUAAUGGCCCAGGGGCCCCCGAAGCACGGGCUCAUGCCCCGCAGCCAGACCCACCUCGGGAGCUGAAGACAGUUUGUGAGGAGGAGGAGGGGGGCCGGGCACAGCCCCCGCAGGCAGCUGCCCGCCCUUCUAGCAUGGAGGAUACCAGCCCAGCCCCUGUGAGUGCCCCUGCGCCCCCAGCCAGGGCCUCCCGGGGCCAGGGGUCAGAACCAGCUGCUGUGGCAGGGGGCCAGGAGGGGCUCAAGGCCCCAAGGCCCCCGGGAACCCCACCAGAGAGGAGGUCCUCAAGACAGCCAGGCCAGGAUGCGGCCCCCACGCCAGCCCCUCGGCUCCGGAAAGGCUCUGAUGCCCCUUGGCCCCCAGGCACCCAAGGGGAAGAUGAAGCUCCCAAAGCCUUAGGGGCUCCCCUAGCAGGAGUGGGUUCCUCUGGGGAGACCCAUGCCCAGGGAAGCCCUCAGGAAGGGACAGAGGCUCAGGGACCCGGGCUGGGCCCAGGCAUCGAGGGUGGCGGCUCCAGAGUCUCUUUGGUAGGGCAGAAACCCGAGGUGGAAGAGGGGAGCGCUGGGGACAGGCCAGGGGCUAGGGGGGUGGACGCCGGGCACGAGUCAGGAGGCAGAGAGGUGAACACUAAGAGCUCAGACAUCAGCACGGGGAAGGCUGAAGAGAGUUUAGAACCGAGUCAAGUGGAUGCUGAGCAGAGAUCAAAGGUGAGACACGAGGACACCAAGGGGUCAGAGGCUACAGGGGUGAUGUCUGAGGCCAGAUUCAAGGAGACUCCCGAGGCUCCUCCGAGGGGCUGCCAGGGAAGGGCAGGGGUCAGGAGCAGGAAUGAGGCUCCCACAAUCCUGUGCGCAUCCCCAGCGGAGCCUGUGGGGCACACCCGGCCUCUUGGUGACCUCAAGGGGGCUGGGGCUGCCGCAGGCCAGGAGAGAGAGAGUGCAGAGGUGAAAGGCAGAGCCCCUGGUGUUGGGGGGACAGGCCCGGAGCAGGGUCCCUCUGUUGGAGCAGCAAGCAUCAGGUCCCAGGUGAGCAGGCACCAGAGGGCCCCACCAGCAGCUGACCAAGGAGUAAUGUCUAGGGAUCUGGGGUUUGGGGAGGCAGAGGCUGGGGAUUUGAGCAUCCUGGGAACAGAGACUAGGGUGGCAGAGUCACAGGUACUGGGAACCCAGGAGACAGAAGUGAGGGGAUCAGGAUUCCCAGAGAUAGAGACUGGGACAGCAGAAGCUGAGGUAUUGGGGGCCCAGGAGACGAAGACCGUGGGAUCAGGGGUCCUGGACUCAGAGGCUGCCGGAAUGGCAGAGUCUGAGGAACUGGGAACACAGAAAACGGAGGCUGAGCAUUCAGGAUUUCUGGGGACAAAGAUCAGGAUGGCAGAGACUGAGAUAUUGGGAACCCAGGAGCUAGCUAGUGGUUCAGGGAUACUGAGGAUAGAGGCUGAGACAGCAGAAUCUGAAAUAUGGGGGGCCCAGGAGACAGAGGUGGGAGGUUCCAGGAUGCCAGAGAUAGAGGCUGGGAGGGCAGAGGUGGAGAUAUUGGGGACCCAAGAGACAAAAGUGGGGGUUUCAGGGAUAAAAUCUGAGAUAGCAGGGACCCAGGAAAUAGAGGUAGGUGGUUCAGGGAUGCCAGUAUUUGAGACCGAGAUGGCAGCAACAGAGAUACUGGGGGCCCAGGAGCUAGAAGCUGGGGGUUCAGGGGUUCCCAGGACAGAGAAUGAGAUGACAGGAGCCCAGGAGACGGAGGUGGCAGAUUCAAGGGUUUUAGGGAAAGAGGCUGGAAUGGCAGAGGCUGAGGAACUGGGGACUCAUCAGCCAGAAUUUACAGUGUUAGAGGCUGAGAAGGCAAAGGCUGAGACUUUGGGGGUCCAGGAAGCAGAGACUGGGCUUGGGGGGACCCUCAAAUACGAGGCUUUACAGGAUCCCAUCCCUAAGUAUGGAGUUUUAGAGCCUCAGGGAGCAGAGGAGGAGGUGGAGAGUACAGUUUUAAGGGUCCAGGAGGUGGAAGUUGGGGCUCAGGGGGUUUCAGAGACCAAGUCUGGGGCUUGGGGAGCCUCGGAAGUACAGGUGGAGGGUUUGGGGCCACCAGAGAACAAAUCUGGUGUUUUGGAGGCCCAGGAUGCAGAAGCUGGGGUCUUGGGGACGGAGAAUGGGAAAGAAGCUAAGGCAGACCUCCCAGAGGCCAGCCUGACUGAGGUGCAGGUGGCCAGCGGGGCAGGGGCCGGGGUGCCCAAGCCCUCAGGGGCCUCUUCCCCAGAGGAGCCUGAAGAGGACAGGAGGCUGCCGGGCAGCCAGGCACCGCCUGCCCCAGUCAGCUCCAGUCAGUCCCUGCUGGAGUGGUGCCAGGAAGUCACCGCUGGCUACCGUGGCGUCCGAGUCACCAACUUCACUACAUCGUGGCGCAAUGGCUUGGCCUUCUGUGCCAUCCUGCACCGAUUCUACCCAGACAAGAUUGACUAUGCCUCCCUGGAUCCGCUCAACAUCAAACAGAACAACAAGCAGGCCUUCGAUGGCUUCGCGGCCCUGGGCGUGUCGCGGCUGCUGGAGCCGGCGGACAUGGUGCUGCUGUCCGUGCCGGACAAGCUCAUCGUCAUGACGUAUCUGUGCCAGAUCCGCGCCUUCUGCACCGGGCAGGAGUUGCAGCUGGUGCAGCUGGAGGGCGGCGGCGGCGCCGGCACGUAUUGUGUGGCCGGCGCCCGGCCGAGCCCGCCCGACGGCCUGCACGCCGGGGGCCUGGCGCAGCGGCUGCGCGAGCACCGGGCGGAGGCGCCGGAGGAGCCCAAGGGGCCCAAGGAGCCCGAGAAGCCCGAGAAACGCGCGGAGGACCGGGCGGCUCCUGAGGCGGCCUCCAAGGACCACGAUGCCGAGGCGGCGCAGGAGGCGCGCAUGGCGGGGGCCCCUGCCGACGGCCCCGGAGCCCGGGCGUCCGUGCCCCCGGCUGAAGGGCUGGUGAACGGGGCCGGGGCGCCGGGCGCGGGGGGCGGCGUGAGGCUGCGGCGGCCGUCGGUCAACGGGGAGGCCGGGCCGGUGCCCCCGCCCCGCGCGCACGGCUCCUUCUCCCACGUGCGGGACGCCGACCUGCUGAAGAAGAGGCGCUCGCGGCUGCGGAACAGCAACUCCUUCUCGGUGGACGACGCGGACUCGGGAGCGGCGGGAGCGGCGGGAGCGGCGGGAGCCGCUAGUAGGACUUCCGGGGCGGCGGCCGCAGAAGGCCUGAGCCCUGACCCCAGCUCAGCCUCUGGCCCACCCACAACCACAGCCCCACAGCAGCCCCCUGGUGGGAGUGCCCCCCCGGAGGAGCCACCCCCAAGUCCAGCGGAGGAGGCUGGGCUGCAAAGGUUCCAGGACACAAGUCAGUAUGUGUGCGCAGAGCUGCAGGCUCUGGAGCAGGAGCAGAGACAGAUAGACGGGCGGGCAGCCGAGGUGGAGACCCAGCUGAGGAGCCUUAUGGAGUCAGGUGCCGACAAGCUGCAGGAGGAGUUGCUGAUCCAGGAAUGGUUCACGUUGGUCAACAAGAAGAACGCUCUCAUCCGAAGGCAGGACCAGCUGCAGCUGCUCAUCGAGGAGCAGGACCUGGAGCGCAGGUUCGAGCUGCUGAGCCGGGAGCUACGGGCCAUGCUAGCUAUCGAAGACUGGCUGAAAACGGCCGCGCAGCAGCACCGAGAGCAGCUUCUGCUGGAGGAGCUGGUGUCCCUGGUGAACCAGCGCGACGAGCUGGUCCGGGAUCUGGACCACAGGGAGCGGAUCGCCCUGGAGGAGGACGAGCGCCUGGAACGCGGCCUGGAGCAGCGGCGCCGCAAGCUGAGCCGGCAGCUGAGCCGGCGCGAGCGCUGUUCGCUGAGCUGAGCCCGGCCCGCCCGCACCGCAGGUUUUCCCGCCGCCGCCGCCGCCGCCGCCGC